AAAAAUCCUAUCAAUACAAAACAAUUACUUAGUUGUUUUCAUAAGAAGUUGUUUAUAGAAUGUUUUACUAUGCAUGUAAUUCAUCCUCUUACCCUUGGACGUAUGUUCUUUCAGAUUAUACGUCAGGCUAUUCUGGGCUGCUACUUCGCGAUGAGGUUCUUGCCCGCCAUCCUAUUCUUUGUUCUGGUGUUGUCACUCCCCGUCCAGUUUGUCGUUUCUUCGAUAUGGUUUUGGAUCUUCGUCAUCAUGACCCUCAGCCUCUUAAGGAACAAGUUCGCUUUCCGCAUGGGGACGUGGUUGCAUCCCAAUGUGGACCCAGUCAAUCUGCGCCUCAGCUUCAUCGACCGCGACUUCAAUGAAAACGAUUACGAGCUGCUACUGGCUCUGGAUGAGUCAACCACUAGCAAGCGCAAGGGAACGGCCAUGGCAAUUGUGCAGGGGUUACCCUCGAGGAUCCUUGCCGCUGACCUCGAGGUAUGUUAUCCACAGUGA